UUCUCUCGCGCCUCCGCUAGAAGCCUCGGGAGGGCGCGGCCGUCCGCCACUGCGCUUGUCCGGUGCUCGAGGCCCCGCCCCGCGCCCAUGGGCGCCGCCAUGUUGGGGGUCCUCGCUGGGGACACGUAGUCGUCCGCGUAAGAUGCCGGCUCGCGCGCGCCUCUGCCGCCAAGAUGGCGUCCAUGCGGGAGAGCGACACGGGCCUGUGGCUGCACAACAAGCUGGGCGCCACGGACGAGCUGUGGGCGCCGCCCAGCAUCGCGUCCCUGCUCACCGCCGCGGUCAUCGAUAACAUACGCCUCUGCUUCCACCGCCUCUCCUCGGCUGUGAAACUCAAGCUGCUCCUCGGGACGCUGCAUCUUCCGCGCCGCACGGUGGACGAGAUGAAGGGCGCUCUGAUGGAUAUUAUCCAACUGGCCACCCUGGACUCAGACCCCUGGGUCCUUAUGGUUGCUGACAUUCUGAAAUCCUUUCCUGACACGGGCUCACUGAAUCUAGACCUUGAGGAGCAGAACCCCAAUGUUCAAGACAUCCUAGGAGAACUUAGAGAAAAAGUGGGUGAGUGUGAGGCGUCUGCCAUGCUACCACUGGAGUGCCAGUACCUGAACAAGAAUGCCCUGACCACCCUUGCCGGGCCUCUCACCCCACCAGUGAAACAUUUCCAGUUGAAGCGGAAGCCCAAGAGUGCCACUCUGCGGGCAGAGCUGCUACAGAAGUCCACUGAGACAGCCCAGCAGCUGAAGAGAAGUGCCGGGGUGCCGUUCCACGCUAAGGGCCGGGGGCUGCUCCGCAAGAUGGACACGACAACCCCUCUCAAAGGCAUCCCAAAGCAAGCCCCCUUCAGAAGUCCCACCACACCCAGCGUCUUCAGUCCCUCUGGGAACCGGACCCCAAUACCACCUUCGAGGACACCACUGCAGAAAGAAAGGGGUGUGAAGCUACUGGAUAUUUCUGAGUUGAAUACGGUCGGUGCUGGCCGAGAGGCAAAGAGGAGGAGGAAGACUUUAGACACAGAAGUGGUGGAAAAGCCCACCAAGGAAGAGACAGUUGUUGAAAAUGCCACUCCUGACUAUGCUGCUGGCCUGGUGUCCACACAGAAACUUGGGUCUUUGAAUAGUGAGCCAGCACUUCCCUCCACAAGUUAUCUGCCCUCUACCCCCAGUGUGGUACCUGCCUCAUCAUACAUCCCCAGCUCUGAGACUCCCCCAGCCCCUCCAUCCCGGGAAGCCAGCCGACCCCCUGAGGAGCCCAAUGCUCCAAGUCCUACACUGCCAGCUCAAUUUAAACAAAGAGCACCUAUGUAUAACAGUGGCCUGAGCCCAGCUACGCCAACACCUGCAACACCUACCUCGCCUCUGACACCUACUACCCCCCCAGCUGCCACCCCCACUUCUCAGACACCCCCAGUGGCCAUGGUGGCCCCACAGACCCAGGCACCUGCCCCUGCCCCUGCCCCUGUUCAGCAGCAACCUAAGAAGAACCUGUCUCUCACGAGAGAACAGAUGUUUGCUGCCCAGGAGAUGUUCAAGACAGCAAACAAGGUCACUCGGCCAGAGAAGGCCCUCAUCCUGGGCUUCAUGGCUGGCUCUCGAGAGAACCCAUGCCCGGAGCAGGGGGAUGUGAUCCAGAUCAAGCUCAGCGAGCACACAGAGGAUCUGCCCAAGGCAGACGGCCAGGGCAGUACCACCAUGCUAGUGGACACAGUGUUCGAGAUGAACUACGCCACAGGCCAGUGGACACGCUUCAAGAAGUACAAGCCCAUGACCAAUGUGUCCUAAGUGCCAUUUCUGCUGCUGACCUGCAUCAGGCCAGAAGACAAGCUUUGCUGGCUAUGCUAAGUGACCUGAGCAGAUACCGAAGGAUGUGUUCCACCCCAAUACCUGCCAUCCACAGUCUACUGGGCCCCAAGCUGUUUUAAGUUUUAGGUCAUUUCUCUGGGGAGUUUAGGCUUUUUUUUUUUUUAAUAAUGGGUUUUUUGUGUGCUUAAGAUACAUUUUUUUUGAUUCAAUAUUACACUUUAAAUGCUAAACCAAAAAAGUUACAACUUCAUUUUAGUGCCUGCUAGACUUUUACCUUUUUUAUUUUUUCUUUAAAAACUUGCACUGGCUGAGAGGACUUUCUCUGCUUGUGCAUGCCUUCCCUCACAAGGCUGAGGGGACCAAAGGUGACACCCGACAGGCUAUGGUGUGAGGGGGGCUAUAACCAGCCUCAAUGCCACUGCCUGCCAGGGAUUUGUAUAUGUCUUUUGUACAGUUGUAAACAUUUCAAACCUGUCUCGUACCUAUUUUCAUUGUAAAAUUAUAUGAGUAUUAAAGUUUAGUUUUUCUAAAGAAAGCCCACAGAGCUAUGUUUCAAGCUAGCUUGACUCCCUGCUCUGAAACCAAACCCCUUCCUAUACAACUGUCAGAAUCCCAGGGGAGAAGAAGCAGGGCUGGGAGAUAACAAGACUACCUGGGAAAAAACAAACAAACAAACAAACAAGAAAAACAACAACAACAAAAAAACCAGGUAGGUAAUGGGCAAGGCAGCCUUGGGGGUAGAGUGAGGCAGCAACAGCACUGAGAAAUGGGCCAAAACCUACUGCCUUGAAUUCAUAGCACACAGGAAGCUGGAGGAGUCAAACACAGUCCCGUAUAAAAGAAGUAUGAGAAAAAGGCCUUUAAAGUUUUUUAAUAAAAAAAUACUUAAUACAGUUUUCCAAACACAACUUUCCACUUUAAAUGCUAUUUUCCCCCAACUGGUAAUUCUU